AUGGCAACCUCUCAAUCAUCCGCCGAGGAAAAGAAAAGGCUCCGAGGUCUGAGUCGUCUGCUCAAGAAGCGGGAGAAGACGCCGGAGCGGCCUGUCAACAUGAGCGACUCGGCCUACGGCAGCAGUGAGGCCAACAGUGCAGACGCAGACGGCGCCCAAGGGAGAAACAGCCCUGACAUGGUGCAUGCCGAGAAAAACAGUGAAAUCGCCAACAUCGACCAAGACCGAAACCUUGCACUGAGGCCGUCGACCGGAGAAGUCUUUGACGAGGAUACCGGUGAGGUGGUGACGGUGGUGACCACCACCACGACUACCACCACAACCACAACCACAAGAGGCGGCAAGAAACAACAGGAGAUGCAGCAAGAUGUGCAGCGAGAGGCCCAACCAGGCCCGGCGCCGCUGUCGGAGAUGCCUGCAGCGGAUCCAAUAUCUACCCAACCUGCGGUCACGUCGACUUCCACGAGCGCCGGUGCAGAUGGACGGCCGCCGCCGCCACCGCUCAAGACAGGAGGACGGCUGCAGACGGAUUCGCCGCCGAUUCCAGCCAAAAGUGCGCUGCGCAGGUCAGGCGAGGUGCCCCGGACUGCUGUCGACGCCUAUAACCAUAGUGGUUAUAAUGGACCCGUGAGUCCUGUUGUUGACCCGGCGCCCGCGGGCCGCCCGGGUGCGGGGACUGGCGCAGGCGCAGGCAUAAGCACGGGCAUCACGCCUCCAUCGAGCCCGUCGCGACCCAACUUCAGUUAUCCAAGCCGGUCGUCGCUCAGGACGGCCGACCAGCCCAUGCGACACAACCAAAGCACCAUCGACGACCUGAAGGCCGCUGCCAAGGGAAUUCACGGCGUCGGAGAGACCCUUCGAGGAACACUGAACUCGACCAUUGACCGGCGCUUCCCCUCCAAGAAACCCGAGAAAGCCGCGCUGGUCAACGCCCAUAAUGAACAAGUUCUCGAGCGAGGCCGCGCCGAAAUAGACGGCAUUCCUGGGAGCUGGCCGGGGGCUGACCGUGACCAUGAACUUGAUCCUGAGGAAGACCCCACGGUACCAGUCGUGGCAACCGCCACCGCCGCCGCCGCAACGAAUGCUCCUGACCGACGGCGAGAAAAGGAAAAGUCGGGUAGCCUGAGCAAACUGUUCAAGCGCAAACCGGUACCUCAAGACCAAGGACCGUAUCCAAAUACGCAAGCGAGAUGA